AAAAUGUCACUUCUCAGUUCUCCGGCUCCUACUUACCACACCACAGUACAGUAGCCUACAGUACUUACUUCAGUGCAGUGUGCCAGGCAACACAGGACGGAGCGGAGUUUGUUGCCAGAGAAUGGGUCGAGUCUCCAUCGCAGUUUGUUGUUUCCUUUUCCUGAUCGCCGUCGUUGGUGUACCUUUGGUGUUUCACAUAAGAGCCAACCGACCGCUGGAUACUCCUUGCCACGAGAAUCACAGUGUAGCUCUCUCCAACCCGAUCUUCCACGAGAACGGCUCAAUAGAGAACGACGGCGAUCUCUACCCCUCGGGUCACCACUUUACCCUGAACGGUACUCAUCGUGGCUGUUUGUGUAUGUUACACCCUUGUGUCAGGAAGUGUUGUGAUAAAGACGAGUAUUAUGUCCGAGUCCCCGGGAGUCGCGCUAAAUGUGUGCACAAUCCGGAGCCCUCCCCGUUCGAAAAUUUUUCUCUCCCUGUACACGAAGCGCCUGGAAAACGAGUGGAUGUCGACCGAGACCACUUCCGCCUGCUCUACGGAGACGUGUGUAGUCCCGGCAAAUACAUAUUGGAUCCGGAGGACGAGAGAGACCAACACUAUCUGCUGGUCGACGGUAGAAUCAACUUCAUGGACAGUGAUCACCUGGAGGUAUCCAACUACUGCCUGGAGUCUAUGAAUGGAAGUGACGAGAUCCGGACGUUUGUAUGUCUCCCUGAUUCUGCAGGGGAUGAGGUGACGAGAGCACAGCAGUUUUUGUAUCCCCUGGGAAUGAUUAUCUCUAUGCCCUGUCUAUUGAUCACUAUCGUAGUGUACUCUAUACUGCCGGCCCUGCGGAACCUCCAUGGCAAGUGCUUGGUGUGUCAAUGUACAUGUUUGCUGUUGACCUACAUCGGCCUUACAAUAGCUUACCUCAAGGGGGGUGUUUUAGAAGACUGCUGGUGUGUGUUUAUAGCUUUUAUGAUUCAGUUCACGUUCUUGGCUGGCUCUUUCUGGUUAAACGUCAUGUCUUUUGAUAUCUGGUGGUCAUUCAGUGGACGAAGACCUGCCAGAUGGGGUAAAAAAGGAAUGGAUCAUAAGAAGUUCCUGUUGUACUCCCUGUAUGCCUGGGGAAUGCCACUAGUUAUUGUAACUAUCUCGGUUGCUAUAGACUUAGCUCCAAGCAUCCCUGACUCCAUCAUCAAGCCUGACUUUGGCAAAGCCAAGUGCUGGUUUGCAGAAUGGAAGGCAGCAUUGCUCUACUUCUACAUUCCCUCUGGUGUCAUACUAGUCCACAACUUGUACAUGUUCGUCUCAACAGCACUGACAUUACACUCUUACACCAAGAAGGGUCGUGAAAAAGUCAGGUUUUAUCUGUAUCUGAAACUAUUCAUCGUCAUGGGUCUUAAUUGGACUUUGGAUAUUCUAUCUUUUCUCAUCGGCGGCCCCGAGUCAUUUUGGCUGGUCACUGACUUGUGCAAUACUUUACAGGGACUGGCGAUCUUCUUCUUCUUUGUUUGCAAAAGUGAUGUUUUACAAAAGUUGAAACUACAUUUAUGUCCCAGCUGGAGCUUACGAAAAUCUCAAGAAUAUUCCAAUAGUGUGAGUACUUGUGGUGAUGAGACCAAGACUGAGAUUGAUAUAUUGGCUCUUAAAACUUUAGAUGAUGAUGAGAAGAAUAAAUACAAAGGUUAAAUUAAGCAGGCAUAUUUGACUGAAGUGACUACUGAUGUCUCAUCAUUGGCAAGGACCUGUUUGCGAUGAGUAUUUUGUUGUGAAAGCCAGGAGUAUAUAUUUGUAAGGUUUUAUAGUGGAGUGCCCCUAAACUCAUCACACUUCAAAUGUAUUUAUGCUAUAUAUAUACAACACACGACAAGUGAUGUAAACUAUUAAUGCUAACUUAUGCUUAUAAAAAGUUACUUAAUACAAGUUUUUUACCAAGAAA